AUCAGCCAUAUCUCCAGUUCUCCACGAACAAAACAGACACAGAGAAAAAAAAACAAAGCAAAACUAACUGCCAAACAAAGAUUUAAAAUAUUAUUUAAUUUAUUUUUUUUCUGUGAGUGGAGAGAGUGAUUUUCGAAAAUGGCGACGUCGUUACCGGAAAUACAGCAGUGUGGAGAGGGAGUAGUUUUGUCAAAAUCGGCGAAGAGAGUGGAUUCGAAAGGUGGUUUAGAAAGCGAAGAAGAAGACACGAAAUCGCCGAUUUUGAUAUUUUUGUACUUUCAUAAGGCGAUUCGGAAUGAGCUUGACACGCUUCACCUAUUAACCCUGGCUUUUGCUACCGGUCAUCAGACUGUGGAGAUUAAACCGCUCUUUCAACGUUACCGGUUUCUCCGCUUGGUUUAUAAGUAUCACUCUAAUGCUGAAGAUGAGGUCAUCUUUCCAGCUCUUGAUAAUCGUGUGAAGAAUGUGGCAAACUCGUAUUCAUUAGAACACAAGGGUGAAAGCAAUCUUUUCGAUCAAUUAUUUGAGCUUCUAAAUUCUUACACUCAAAAUGAUGAAAGUUUUCCACGUGAGUUAGCAUCCUGUACCGGAGUGCUUCAGACAUCACUUAGUCAGCAUAUGGCCAAGGAAGAGCAGCAGGUUUUUCCCUUGCUUAUUGAGAAGUUCUCAGUCGAAGAGCAGGCAUCUCUAGUCUGGCAGUUUAUAUGCAGCAUUCCUGUUAACAUGUUGGCUGAGUUUCUGCCUUGGCUUUCAUCCUCUAUUUCACCAGUUGAAUACCAAGACAUGCUCAAGUGCCUAAGCAUGAUAAUUCCAAAGGAAAAGCUUCUGCAACAGGUUAUUUUCACCUGGAUGGAAGGGAAGAAGAGCACAGAUGCAGUUGAAAGUUAUGUAGAUAAUCAUGAGGUUUUAAGCCAGAAGGAUUCUCCUACAAGCAUGUUAAUUUUGGAACUGGAUAAAGAAAAAUGUACCUGUAAGAAAUCCAAGACUGGGAAAAGGAAAUAUUUGGAGCCAAGUAAUGAGGAUUCUGAUACCAUGGAAACACAUCCAAUAGAUGAAAUUCUUCUUUGGCAUAAUGCUAUUAAGAGGGAGUUAAAUGAAAUAGCUGACGAGGCUAAGAAGAUACAAAGCUCUGGAGAUUUUACUAAUUUAUCAGCAUUUGAUGAGCGGCUGCAAUUCAUUGCUGAAGUUUGCAUCUUCCACAGUAUUGCUGAGGACAAAGUCAUAUUUCCUGCUGUAGGUGGAGAAUUUUCAUUCUCAAAAGAGCAUGCAGAAGAAGAAACUCAAUUUAACGAGUUCAGAUGUUUAAUUGAAAGCAUUCAAAGUGCAGGUGCAAGCUCUAACUCUGUAGCUGAUUUUUAUGCAAAGCUAUGCUCGCAUGCUGAUCAAAUAAUAGAAACUAUACAAAGGCACUUCCACAAUGAGGAAAUUCAGGUUCUCCCACUUGCCCGUCAGCACUUUAGCUUCAGAAAACAGAAGGAACUUUUAUACCAGAGCUUGUGCAUGAUGCCUUUGAAAGUGAUUGAGCGUGUCUUGCCAUGGCUGGUGGGGUUGUUAACAGAACACGAGGCCAGGAAUUUCCUAAAAAAUAUGCAAUCAGCAGCUCCAGCAGUAGACACAGCUCUUGUAACUCUUUUUACUGGUUGGGCAUGCAAGGGUCGUAGCCAAGGUGUGUGUUUGUCUUCAAGUGUAAUUCAUUGCUGUCCUGCUGAUAUUGAGGAAAAAAUUGUUCCAUCAUGCUGUGCGCGUUUGUGUGCGUUUUGUUCAAAGGAUAGUCCUGUGUCAAUCAGUGAAGGUAUCAAAAGGCCACAAAAAAGAAACAUCUCAGGAUCUUGCAAAAAUAGCAAUGUCUGCAACCCCAUAGAGACUCCGGAUGCCCAUGAACCAUCUUGUUCUGAUCGGUCUUGUUGUGUCCCAGGUUUGGGAGUAAACAGCAAAAAUCUGGGAUUGACUUCUCUUUCCACAACCAAGUCUUUGCGAUCAUUAUCUGUCAAAUCCUCUGCUCCAGCCCUUAACUCCAGUCUUUUUGUCUGGGAAUCAGAUAUGGUCUCUUCUGAUUUGGGGUAUACAGAACGACCGAUAGAUACUAUUUUUAAAUUUCAUAAAGCCAUAAGCAAAGACUUGGAGUAUCUUGAUGUUGAAUCUGGAAACCUCAGUGAUUGCGAUGAGGCAUUUCUUCAGCAGUUCAUUGGAAGAUUCCGUCUAUUAUGGGGCUUAUACAGAGCUCAUAGCAAUGCUGAGGAUGAAAUUGUUUUUCCAGCGUUAGAGUCUAAAGAGGCACUUCAUAAUGUUAGCCAUUCUUAUACACUAGACCAUAAGCAGGAGGAAGAAUUAUUUGAAGACAUUUCAUUUGUCCUUUCUGAGCUUUCACACCUUCAUGAAAAUUUGCAAAAGUUUCAAGUGAUGGAGGACCCAACAGGAAGUACUCUGGAGCAUUCUAUUGGCCAUCUCGAUGAUUAUAUGGGAAAGUACAAUGAGCUAGCCACUAAGAUUCAAUGGAUGUGCAAAUCUAUAAGAGUUACUUUAGAUCAACAUAUUAAUAGAGAAGAACUUGAGUUGUGGCCAUUGUUUGACAGGCAUUUUUCAAUUCAGGAGCAAGACAGGUUAGUUGGUCGCAUAAUUGGGACGACGGGGGCUGAAGUACUGCAAUCUAUGUUGCCUUGGGUUACUUCUGCCCUGACUCAAGAUGAACAAAAUAAAAUGAUGGACACAUGGAAACAGGCAACAAGAAACACAAUGUUUAAUGAGUGGCUUAAUGAAUGCUGGAAAGAAACUUCAGCAUCACUUGUGCAGACUGAACCAUCAGGAGAUACAAUUUAUAAAGAAGGCAGAGAGUUUCAAGAAAGUUUAGACCAAAGUGAUCUGUUUAAGCCUGGGUGGAAAGAUAUCUUCCGCAUGAAUCAAAAUGAGCUUGAAUCUGAGAUUAGAAAGGUUUAUAGGGACUCGACUCUUGAUCCUAGGAGAAAAUCAUAUCUUGUUCAAAAUCUUCUAACAAGCCGCUGGAUAGCUGCUCAGCAAAAGUCACCUCAAGAAACUGCAGGGGAAAAUUCUACUGCUGCUGAUGUAAUGGGAUGCUUCCCAACAUUUCGAGACCCUGAAAAACAAGUAUAUGGGUGUGAACACUACAAGAGAAGCUGUAAACUUCGGGCUUCUUGUUGUGGUAAGCUGUUUGCUUGCAGAUUUUGCCAUGACAAAGUUAGUGAUCACACUAUGGACAGAAAAGCAACAUUGGAAAUGAUGUGCAUGCGCUGCCUGAAGGUCCAACCAGUAGGGCAAAUCUGUGCAACACCAACAUGCAAUGGUCUUUCAAUGGCGAAAUAUUAUUGCAACAUAUGCAAGUUUUUUGAUGAUGAAAGGUGCCACAAACCAUAAAUUUUGCACUUUGUGCAUCAGUGUUGGCGCUGACAUGCUUUACUUGCUGGGCAUCACAUGCUAAAGCCAUCCAUUUCUCCUGACAGGCCAAAUUGAAUAAGAAAUUAAUAAUCAUACUGUGAUAAGAAGUCAGAUUAGGGAGGAUCGGUGUACCAUUCCUUGAAGGAAUUGAAAUGACAUUUCAAGAAGUCUAGGGACAGAGAACUGGUAUUGCCUAGUCUAACUGGAAAAAUUAGAAAAAAAAUAAAAAACUUGCAAUAUGAUUUUGAUGUAAUCAUGAAGCUCAUUCCUCAUGACUAGUCGUGUUCACUAAAUUUAGAAAUACAUAUGGGGAAACUGUGUGAUAUCAAAUAUUGAUGGACAUAACAUAUUUGCAUAGCUCAAAAGUAGGUUCUAUUUCCUCUGAAAGUCUUGAAUAUUUACAAUGGCAUUUCAAGUUGAUAUAAGCAACUCCUUACUCUGUAGAAUUUCUUGAAAACUAAAAUUGAGCUGGUUAGUUUGCUUUUGAAUGACAACCAUCUUAUUAUUGAACAUUUCUAUGUUAGCUUUUGUUUCUAUUAUGGUUUUGUUAGUCAUUUUACUUGUGUCAUGAAUGUAUUUCCA